UGACAGUCUGUACUCACCGACAGUCCGUCUCGUUGUUUCUUUAGCCGAAAAUAGAGCACCAUUGAGGGCAGCAGUUGACUGCCAACCGAGUUUCCACGGCAGUCAUGGCGGCGCCGUUAGCCCACUUCGACGAGGACUGGCAGGACUUUAACGAAUUCAAGCCGCCCUCUGAAUCGACCGAUCAGUUAGACCAACUGAACUCAAAUGUGGGCGACGCGUCGGGCCUGGACGAUUGGUCCGACCUGGACAACAGCUUCUCCGGCGAGAUCUGCAGCUUCAAGUCGAUGGAGGACCUCGUCAAUGACUUCGAUGAAAAGCUGACUGUGUGUUUUCGAAAUUACAACACUACGACUGAAAACAUAGCGCCCAUUAAACCUAUCACAGAGGAAAACUUCUUGAAAGACGACGAGGUGUGGAAUGCUCUGACAAAUAACUAUGGCAAUGUCAUGCCUGUGGACUGGAAGACUUCCUACACUCGGUCUCUACACCUUCCCUCCCUCAAACUUACGGAGCAUGAGAAGUUGGACAACCAGUCGUUGGAUCUGUCAGACGAUGAUGAGGAGUUGAGGGAACAGCUGGAUAUGCACUCAAUCAUUGUCCCCUGCAUUAACGACGAGCCGCUAUUCACAGCUGAACAGGUUAUAGAAGAGAUAGAAGAGAUGAUGCAGGAGUCACCAGACCCUGACGAUGAUGAGAGCCCCUCUCAGUCCGAUUUGUCCAUGCUCUCCCAAGACCUCCAUGCUUUGAAGCGCUCUGGCUCUAAUACAAGCUACGAGGAACGGUUGCGUCAGAUGUCCAUGUCAGAGCUGACUGAGACUCUAGACGAAGUGGAGACAGCCAUUCGCCGCUACAGUGAAGAGCUGAUUCAGGCCCUAGCCCUGCGAGAUGAGCUAGACUAUGAAAAAGAGGUGAAGAACAGCUUCAUCUCGCUGCUGAUUGAGGUGCAGAACAGACAAAAGGAACACCGCGAGCUGCUGCGAAAGAAGAAGAAAAUCCGAAGUACGACCACAACAGGGCCCAACGGCCAGAGGACAGCCAGCACGCACAUACCAGGCACACUCCUCACUCUGGAGGAACUCUCCAAUGUCAUUCAAAAUGGCCUCCGUCAAACUUUUGGCUACACAGGAGGGGACAAACAGUACCUAACCACAGUAAUCCCAUAUGAAAAGAAAGCUGGCUCGCCUUCUGUUGAAGACCUCCAGAUCCUCACAAAGAUCCUCCAUGCCAUGAGAGAUGACAGUGAGAAGGUGCCUGCUCUCCUAACAGACUACAUCCUCAAAGCUCUGGUAUGAGAGCGGUGGAACCUGAGUUCUCUGUCCCACGUAAAGUCAGUGGCGAGACUUCUCCGGAGCCACCCGACAAGCCAGCAGAGGAGGGUUCUGGUAAUUUGGAAAUACCCAAAAUAGUGGAUUAAAAUCCAGACCUUCCUUCCUUCCUCUUCAGUUUUCUCAUCAUAGACUUUUGUUCCUUGUGCUAUUUUGUACUUUUCCACUGUUUUUAAGUUUUAAACUCUAGAUAUGAUUCUUAGUCUGUAUAGCUAUAUUUUCUCCAUUUGUAAUCUUUUACAUUUUUUUAAUGCUUGGAAGCUGCAUCCCUUUAAUUCUGACUUCAUGAUGAUUUGUCCGUGGAUGCCAGUAAUCAGUGUUAGUCUGGACACCUCAGUGAUUUGCCUGACUUGAAAGCAUCAGGGAAACAACAUGGUGCUUUUUCAGUUCUGUGGGCGCCAUCAGCAGGCCUCGAGGGGAUCUGCAGCCUAGUCUGUUUUGAAUCUGUGUAGCUGUCUGGCAGGGGAAAAACAUCCUGGCAGAAUCUGUGAAUCUCUAAGUGCCAGGCAUGUUGUUAUCAAGCAUAAAUCCUGUUUAUUACUAUUAUUAUUAUGUUAUUUUUUUUUUAAAGAAACUUUGAUUUAUUGCACAUGACAUUUUAGUUGCAAGACUUUUGCUUGCUAAGAAUCAAAACCCCUUUAAUUUAAACAUCCAAAAUCAUUGGCUUCUGUUGUUGCAUGUUUGUUUUGGGUUAAAUGCUCAGUAUAAGCUGUAAGUUGAAUGUUUAAAAUGAAAUAUUUUGUACGAUUGAGAGAAAUUGCACAGUUUUGAGAACUUUUUGUUAUUUGAAAAAGGGACGAAAGUGAUACGACUUUAGAAAGUGAUGGCUGGAUGAACAGACGUGUAAAGCAUAUUUUUGGAUAAGAGAUUUUUAGCAAGAUUAGAGACUUUGUAAUCAUUUUGUAAAUGUUGUCCAUUGACUGCUGUGUCCUCAAAUAAUGACCCCAACCCUGACAACAGCAUCACCUCCACAUUAGUCAUCAUUUCAUGAGCCUGCAGAUACCUCCUGUUUCCUUAUGGCAUUAAUAGAAAAUCAUUUGUUUGUAUUGUUAGUUAGAAGGUGUUAAGUUUACUUCAGGUUUGAUUAUUGUGUAUAAAACCAUUUAGUUGUGGGUGUUUCUAUCUGGUAGGUCUAUGACUUUAAUAUUGUAGGGAUCUUGUGGUAGCACUUUGUCAGUGAUCUGGUCAUGUAGUCGUUGGAUACUACACAGUACAUCUCAUUAGAUUAAUGUUAGAUCAUUACCAGCAUCAGAAUGAAGGCAUGUUGCCAUGUUUCCCACAUUAAGUAUAAGAAUUCAAACCACCUUAAAGGGACUCCACUGAUUUUACAUAAGAACUAAUCAACCUG